GAUGACUCAGGGCGGAGCUCCACAUCCAAGCGGCGCCGCAGCCAAGUUAUCUGGAUGGGACCAGAAGUUUCUAGCCGGCCAGUUGCUACCUCCCUUUAUCUCCUCCUUCCCCUUUGGCAGCGAGGAGUCUAUUUCCAGACGCUUCCAGCCCUCUCCGGCCACGUCACCCCCUCCUUUAAUUCAUAAAGGUGCCCGGCGCCGGCUUCCCGGACACGUCGGCGGCGCGCAGGACUCUAGCUCCGGCCGCAGCCAGCGAGCGACUCUGCACCUGGAGGUCCGGCACCCCGCGACCCCGUGACCCGGCACCCCGCGAUCCGGCACCCCGGCGGCCGCCCCCCUGGGCCGACACCGACCCAACAUGAGCGCUGCCACCCACUCGCCCAUGGUGCAGAUGGCGUCCGGCAGCGGCGCCGGCGACCGCGACCCCCUGCCCCCUGGCUGGGAAAUCAAGAUCGACCCGCAGACCGGCUGGCCCUUCUUCGUGGACCACAAUAGCCGUACCACGACGUGGAACGACCCGCGCGUGCCCCCCGAGGUCCCCAAGGAAACCACAUCCUCUGCAAACGGGCCUUCGAGGGAGGGCUCCAGGCCGCCGCCCACCAGGGAGGGCCACGCCGUGUACCCCCGGCUCCGGCCAGGCUACAUUCCCAUCCCCGUCCUCCACGAAGGCGCCCAGAGCUGGCAGCCACAUCCUGUCUUCGCCUACCCCCAGCCCGGGACGCAGCGCUUCCAAGCCGAGGUAGCCCCGGCGGCCCCGCAGAGGCCCCAGUCACCUCUGCGGGGGGUGGUGGAAGCCACCCAGCCGGACAAACAGUGUGGACAGGCGGUAGCGGUAGCGGCGGCUCAGCCCCCAGCCUCCCACGGACCUGAGCGAUCCCAGUCUCCGGCUGCCUCGGACUGCUCGUCCUCGUCCUCCUCGGCCAGCCUGCCCUCCUCCUCUGGCAGGAGCAGCCUCGGCAGUCACCAGCUCCCCCGGGGCUACAUCUCCAUCCCUGUGAUACAUGAGCAGAAUGUCACCCGGCCGGCAGCCCAGCCCUCUGUGCACCAAGCCCAGAAGACCCACUACCCAGCUCAGCAGGGCGAAUACCAGACCCACCAGCCUGUGUACCACAAGAUCCAGGGAGAUGACUGGGAGCCCCGGACCGUGUGGGCGGCGUCCCCGUUCCGGUCGCCCGUCCGGGGUGCAUCCAGCCGGGAGGGCUCUCCAGCCAGAGGCAGCACGCCGGUGCACCCCCCGCCGUCCCUCCGCGUGCAAACCGUGGUCGACAGGCCUCAGCAACCCAUGACCCAUCGAGAACCUUCGCCUAUUCCCCAACCUGAAAACAAACCAGAAAGCAAGCCAGGCCCAGCUGGACCAGAUCUCCCUCCGGGACACAUCCCGAUUCAAGUGAUCCGCAAAGAGGUAGAUUCUCAACCUGUUUUGCAGAAGCCCCUGCCUCCCUCUGAGAAAGUGGAAGUAAAGUUUCCCUCUGCUGCGGUGCCCUGUCCUCCCAGCCCGGCCCCUUCUGCUGUCCCCUCUCCCCCCAAGAACGUGGCUGCAGAAGAGAGAGCAGCCCCCAGCCCUGCCCCUGCAGAAGCCACACCCCCCAAGCCAGGAGAAGCUGAGGUACCCCCAAAACAUCCAGGUGUGCUGAAAGUAGAAGCCAUCUUGGAGAAGGUGCAAGGGCUGGAGCAGGCUGUGGACAACUUUGAAGGCAAGAAGACAGACAAAAAGUAUCUGAUGAUAGAAGAGUAUUUGACCAAAGAGCUACUGGCCCUGGAUUCGGUAGACCCAGAAGGACGAGCUGAUGUCCGCCAGGCCAGGAGAGAUGGCGUCAGGAAGGUUCAGACCAUCCUGGAAAAACUUGAACAGAAAGCAAUAGAUGUCCCAGGUCAAGUCCAGGUUUAUGAACUCCAGCCCAGCUCCCUUGAAACCGAUCAGCCACUUCAGGAAAUCAUGGAGAUGGGUGCGGCGACAGCAGACAAGAGCAAGAAAAGUGCUGGAAAUGGAGAAGAUCCCAAUACUGAAACCCAGCAGCCAGAAGCCAAAGAAGCAGCAGCUCCAAACCCCAGCAGCACGACAGACACAGCUGCUAACCCAGCAGCACCAUAGUCUCCACUAAAUAAAAAAGCAGCCCUGGAGACUGGGAACUGAUUGUGUGCUUUAGAGAAUUUUCAGUUGCAUGCAUUUCAGGGACUUAAAAAUCAGUUGGUUUUUACUAUUCAUAGCCGCUUGGUACGCAGUAACUUGGGUGGAGGUAAAACACACUAA